CUGCAUUCGCGCAGUCUUGUUUACGCACUGUUUGCGCAUACCACUGAUUAUCCUUGCGUGACACGUCGCUUUAUAUUAUUUUUAGUUUUUAUUCGCAGUUGCAUGGUUUUGGUGUCUGAAGUGUUGAGUGUAAAUGAGUCGAGUGUUUUAGUUGCGCGAGUUUCCCAUGAUGCAUUGGGUUUGCGCGGUUCUAUUUUCACUUUCAUUCUCUCGGAUCGUGACGAGAGCGGUUUGUCGCCGCGCAGCCGAGUCUCUCAGUUCCUGAAGAACAUGGCCGUCCCUGUUCUCCUCCUGUGUUUGUUCUUCGUGUCGUCGUCUUGGACGGCGGUGACGCAAACCAGAGAAGAAAGCGAGCCCCCCUUCCCAAAAUCGACCAGCGGAGAGACGUUCCCCUGGAACAAGAUGAGGCUCCCACAGACCGUCUCUCCGUUCCAUUACUCUCUCCUCAUCCACCCCAACCUCACCAGCCUCGACUUCACCGGGAGAGUGAAGAUCCGACUGGACGUCCUCGAGGACACGCACACCAUCGUCCUCCACGCCAAGGACCUCAACAUCUCCAGGGCCGGUCUCCGGGGUUUGGCUGAAGGUCAGAGCCAGGCUCUUAGGGUGCUGGAGUAUCCGGCUUACCAGCAGAUCGCUCUGGUCAGCGAACACAUGGUGCUGAGGAGAGGAAGCGUGUACGUCAUCGAGCUGGAGUUUGCAGCCAAACUGUCCGAGAGUUUCCACGGAUUUUAUAAAAGCACGUACCGCACCAGUGAUGGAGAGGAACGGGUGCUGGCGGCCACACAGUUUGAGCCGACGAGCGCACGAGCGGCGUUCCCCUGUUUUGACGAACCUGCGUUCAAAGCCAACUUCUCUAUUCACAUUCGCCGCGAGAGCAGACACAUCGCCAUCUCCAACAUGCCCAAGCUGAGGACGCUGCGUCUCCCAGACGGUCUGUUUGAGGAUCACUUUGACGAGACUGUGAAAAUGAGCACGUACCUGGUGGCCUUCAUCGUGUGCGACUUCCUGUCCAUCAGCAAACACACUCAGCAUGGAGUCGAGAUCUCCGUGUACGCCGUACCCGAGAAGAUAAAGCAGACCGAGUUCGCUCUGGAGGCUGCGGUGAAACUGCUGGACUUCUACGAUGAUUACUUCGACAUCCCCUACCCUCUGCCUAAACAAGAUCUCGCUGCCAUCCCGGACUUCCAGUCAGGCGCUAUGGAGAACUGGGGCUUGACCACGUACAGGGAGUCAGCUCUGUUCUUUGACCCCCACAAGUCCUCGGCCUCCGACAAGCUGGGCAUCACCAUGAUCAUCGCACACGAGCUCGCUCAUCAGUGGUUCGGUAAUCUGGUGACGAUGGAGUGGUGGAAUGAUCUCUGGCUGAACGAAGGCUUUGCCAAGUUCAUGGAGUUUGUGUCUGUGAACAUCACCAACCCUGAGCUGCAAGUGGAGGACUAUUUCCUUGGAAAGUGCUUCGAGGCGAUGGAGGUAGACUGUUUAAGCUCCUCUCACCCAGUGUCCUCCCCCGUGGAGAACCCGGCUCAGAUACAGGAGAUGUUCGAUGACGUUUCAUACGACAAGGGUGCGUGUAUCCUACACAUGCUGAGGGAGUUCCUGAGCCCUGAAGACUUUAAGAUGGGGAUCGUUGCCUACCUGAAACGCUACAGCUACCAGAACACCGUCAACACACACCUCUGGGAGAGUCUGACCACCGUGAGUACGCGCCGGUGUGAAUCUACUGAGAAGCAGCACGCUGAAGACGAGGUGGACGUCAGAGCGAUGAUGGAGACGUGGACACUGCAGGAAGGCUUCCCGCUCAUCACGGUGGAGGUCAGAGGUCGGGAAGUGCACCUGAGUCAGGAGCGAUACCUGAAGGCCGAGGACUCGUCCCAAACCUCGGGAUUUCUGUGGCACGUUCCUCUGACGUACGUCACCAGCAGCUCGAACACAGUACAUCGCUUCCUGCUGAAGACCAAGACAGAUGUGCUGUACCUGCCCGAGGAAGUGGACUGGAUCAAGUUUAACGUGGACAUGAGCGGAUAUUACAUCGUCCAUUACGAGGGCUCGGGCUGGGACGACCUCAUCGCCCUGCUCAAUCACAACCACACGGCUCUGAGCAGCAACGACCGGGCCAGUCUCAUCAACAACGCCUUCCAGUUGGUCAGCGUGGGGAAGCUGCCGCUGGACAAAGCUCUGGACCUGUCGCUGUAUCUGAGCCGGGAGACUGAGAUCAUGCCUGUGACGCAGGGCUUCAGUGAGCUUGUGCCACUUUACAAGCUGAUGGAGAAGAGAGACGAGCUAGAGGCACUGGAGAGCCAGAUGAAGAGCUACAUCGUGCACCUGUUCCACAAGCUCAUUGAUCAGCAGGUGUGGAGCGAUGAUGGAUCGGUGUCUCAGAGAAUGCUGCGCAGUUAUCUGCUCCUGUUUGCCUGUGUGAGGGGUCACCCACCCUGUAUCUCCUCUGCCAGCCAGCUCUUUAACGAGUGGAAGGAGUCUGAUGGCAAAAUGAGUCUUCCUAAUGAUGUGAGCCUGGCAGUGUUUGCGGUCGGGGCUCGCACCGAAGAAGGAUGGAACUUCCUGUUUGAGAAGUAUCGUGAAACGCUCUACACUUCUCUGAAGAUCCGGAUCAAGUCGGCCCUCUCUAUCACUCCUCUUGCUCACAAACUAAAAUGGAUGAUGGAGCAGAGUUUGGAGGGCUCGGUAAUGAAGACACAGGACCUACCAUACGUCAUGAUGUCCAUUAGUAGGAACCCUAAAGGUUAUAAACAUGCAUGGGACUUCCUGAAGGCAAACUGGCACUCGCUGGUGAAGAAGUUUGACCUUGGUUCCCACUCCAUAGCGCACAUGGUGACAGGCGUGACCAGCCAGUACUCCACCAGGGAGAAGCUGGAGGAGAUUCGCAGCUUCUUCGGUUCUCUGAGUGCAGAGACGGGUGCGGAGCUGAGGUGUAUCCAGCAGACACUGGAGAACGUGGAGGAGAACAUCCGCUGGAUGGACAAGAACCUGCCCCUGCUGCAGGCCUGGCUGGAUAAAAACCAUCCUGAACAGCAGAAGCGCUAUGACUUGCACACUGACCUGUGAAGCUCAAAAAUCGGCCAUCGGCUCCCAACCCCACCUGAUCUCAGGUCUGAAGAGAGAGAAAGAGAUUUACAGUACACCCACUGUGAAGUAAAAUGCUGACGUGACUUUGGAGAACGUUCACAUGGAGCACUUGGGACAUUUCCUAAAUAUUUGCUGUUUUGUUUUCCCCUAUUUUUUGUUCAGAGAAAGCAGCUUUGUGAUUCUGAGCCAUAACUUUGGUUGUCUUUGUUCUAUUUAUUUUGCUAUUAUUUCUGAUUUCUGUCAUGGAUUUUGUCAACUGACCAUAAAUUUGAGAAGCUGCUGUAUAAAAUAUAAGAAUUCUUAUUAUUCAGUACGUUUACAUGGACAACAAUAUUAACCCAAUACCAUGUAAACAGAAAUUACCGAUUACCUAAAGUAAUACUCGAAGUAAACACUAAUCACGUGUGAGAGUGUUCGCCGCAUUUUGAGACAGGACACGUACAGCAAAUAAGUGAGAAUGACUGCGUCUGAAACUACCUACUAUAGUAGGUAAGUAUGUGAUUUGGGACGCAGUUGUCUAUUAGCACG